AUGCAAGGGCUAUGGUCUGCGCAACGCAGAAAUAAACUGAACCUGAAUGCCCCACCGUCUCCGCGGACAUCGACGCCCUCGACACCAGCAGCCGUGCCAGAAACUGCGACUGUAAACCCAGAUACACCUGGCCCUUCGACUCCACAAGAAACACCACCCACAACGACCGUCGAAUCCACCGCACCUGAGGCAUCUACUGUUGCAACUGUGAACGGCAAAAGAAAACUUCGAUCGUCACGGACAGGGGAAACGAGUAGCAGCAGCAAACGCUCUAAAACGACAGUAAAUGGCGGUGGAUCGGUGGCGAAGGAGUACGAGCCGCCCACGGCUCGUUUGGCAGACCUCGGAGGCGUCGAGGGAUGUAUUGAAAAGAUGCUUGAAUUGGUGGUGAUGCCUCUCCAGCAUCCCGAGAUAUACCUACAUACAGGUGUCCAGCCCCCGCGCGGUGUGUUGUUACAUGGUCCGCCUGGCUGUGGAAAAACGUUGUUGGCUAAUGCUAUCGCUGGAGUGAGCCUCCCUGUCGUUAAUUUAUGGCUUGCUUAUGAGCUGAUCGAUUUGUUCAAGGAACUUGGAUUACCCUUCCUCAGCAUAUCUGCGCCAUCUAUUGUAUCUGGGAUGUCGGGAGAAUCAGAAAAAAAGCUUCGUGAUACCUUUGAGGAAGCUAAGCGUGUGGCUCCUUGUCUUCUGUUCAUAGACGAAAUUGAUUCGAUAACACCGAAGCGAGAAAGCGCACAAAAAGAAAUGGAAAGACGAAUCGUUGCACAAUUCCUGACGUGCAUGGAUGAUAUGUCUUGGGAAAAGACUGACAAUAAGCCAGUCAUUGUGAUAGGCGCCACUAAUCGGCCUGAUUCACUUGAUCCCGCUCUUCGUAGAGCGGGGAGAUUCGAUCAUGAAAUCUCAAUGGGGGUUCCAGACGAUGAGGCUCGAGCAAAGAUCCUCAAAGUUUUAUGUACCAAACUACGCCUUGAAGGUGACUUUGACUUCCUCGCCCUGGCCAAGGCUACUCCUGGAUAUGUGGGAGCAGAUCUCGCUGCACUUACAGGUGCUGCUGGCGUCAUUGCCGUGAAACGUAUCUUUCAACAGCUUUCCGACGGUACACUCGUCCUUCCGGAGCCAGAAGCUCCUGCUAUGGUUGCUUCUGAUUAUCAAGAUGUAUCCAUGGCUGUCGACCCCACUCCACAGACACCGCAACCUUUAGCUGAAGCUCCUGCAGGCAACACAUCGUUGUUUUCUGGGCUAUCAUAUCAAGCCGCAUCCUCGUCGAUUGCACACUUCUUAAUCGCCCAUCCGGAACCUCUAACAGACGCUCAGCUGGCCCCGUUGUGCAUCACCUCGGCAGACUUCACUUCCGCUCUGAAACAGGUUCAACCCUCCUCUAAACGUGAAGGCUUCGCCACUGUACCCGAUGUUACUUGGGCAGAUAUCGGGGCACUUCACUCGACGAGAGAAGAGCUGCAUAUGGCUAUUGUGCAGCCUAUCAAACGCCCAGAGCUGUUUAGUGCUGUGGGUAUUGAAGCACCUUGUGGGGUUCUUUUAUGGGGUCCCCCUGGAUGCGGUAAAACAUUGUUGGCGAAAGCGGUGGCCAAUGAGUCGCGAGCUAACUUUAUUAGUGUUAAAGGCCCCGAAUUGCUCAAUAAGUACGUAGGAGAAAGUGAGAGAGCAGUACGUCAGGUCUUCUCGCGGGCACGGGCAUCGUCGCCUUGCAUUAUCUUCUUCGACGAGCUUGAUGCUCUUGUUCCCCGUCGAGACGACAAUCUGUCAGAGUCAUCUGCACGUGUCGUCAAUACCCUUCUCACUGAACUGGAUGGCCUGGAUGCUCGAAAAGGAGUCUACGUUAUUGCUGCGACCAAUCGACCAGACAUGAUAGAUCCCGCUAUGGUACGCCCUGGCCGCCUCGACAAGCUUCUCUAUGUCGACCUCCCCACGCCCGCCGAACUCUCCGAGAUCCUCCGCACCCUCAUGCGCAAAGUCCCCCUCUCCCAGCCUGAAGGAUCGGAUAUCUCCCAGACCAGGGAGAGCAUUGAACGUCUGAUAGCGGAGCGGUGCGAUGGGUAUAGCGGUGCGGACAUCGCGGCACUUGUUCGUGAAGCAGGUGUCACUGCGUUGAAGCGCACGCUGGGAUACUUGGACGCGAUGGCGGACGAUGCGCAGAGCCCGCCAGUGCUUGUUGAGCUGGCGGACUUCAGCAAAGCGCUGGAUAAGAUCACGCCUAGUGUGAGCGUCGCUCAGCGACGCAAGUAUCAGAAUCUGCGCUCUAAGUUUGCGGGGCUGCCUGUACGUGUGGGUAAGGAUGAGGAGGACAAACGGGUAGAUGAAAAAAUGGGUACAAAUCCUCCUACUGCCUAA